UACAAUUUUGAGGAGCUGGUUCCUAAGUUGAUAGUAUUUAACUCACAAUAUUUUAAUACCAUUCAUGACCGGAUGUAGAGUUGGAAUUGGAGGACAUGUUGAUUUGUCAUGACUGAGACGACUCUGUCAAUUCGUCAAAAAGUGUUUUGUUUAGAUAGAAUUUGUACAAAAUUAAAUAGUAAAUCGGGUGAUAUCGUGUUGUGAUAAGUGGUUAUAUUACAAUGUGUAAUACUUUCUUACGCUGACGAAUCGAAUAAAGAAAAAGUAAAUUUAAGUAGCACUAGCCGAUCAGCAACUCUUUGAUGCCCCGCAGCCGGGACGACAUGCAAGUAAACGUGGCGGGCCUAAGGAGGAAUAUUAAAAAUCUUGCGCACAACUACUCUGAUGCCCAGGUUAAAGUGCGCGAAGCUACCUCGAACGACCCAUGGGGUCCGUCGAGUACGCUCAUGGCCGAGAUCGCAGACCUCACGUACAACGUGAUGGCCUUCACGGAGAUCAUGCAGAUGAUCUGGAAGCGGCUCAACGACCAUGGCAAGAAUUGGCGGCACGUCUACAAGGCGCUCGUCCUCAUGGAGUACCUGAUAAAGACGGGCAGCGAGAAGGUCGCCAUGCAAUGCAAGGAGAACAUAUUCGCUAUUCAUACGCUUAAAGAUUUCCAGUACAUGGAGGAGGGGAAAGACCAAGGUCUGAAUGUGCGCGAGAAGGCGAAGCAGCUGGUGAACCUGCUGAAGGACGAGGAGCGGCUGAAGAACGAGCGGGCGCGGGCGCUCAAAGCCAAGCAGCGGUUCGCGCAGGGCAGCGCACUCGGCAGCGACGCCGCGCUAGACUCGCCCGCCAGCCCCACCUACCCCCCGCUGAACAGCUCUCCCGUGGAGUGGGGCAGCAACGGGAGCGGCGUGAGCGGAGGCGGGAGCGGCGGGGGCGGCGGGCGCGACGCGGAGCUGGCCCGGCCGCUGACCGCGGGCGAGGAGGAGCUGCAGCUGCAGCUGGCGCUCGCCAUGUCUCGCGAGGAGGCCGAGCGCGAGGAGCGGCGCCGGCGCUCCGACGACGUGCGGCUGCAGCUCGCCAUCAGCCAGUCGCAGCACGACCUGCAGGGUCAGACGGUGGAGAAGAAGCCGGAGACGCAGCAGUCGCACCUGCUGGACCUGCUGGACGUGAACUUGAGCCCCAGCGCCGCCCCCGCGCACCCAACACACGGAGCGCCCCUCGACCCCUGGGGCCUGCCCUCGCCGCAGCAUAACACACAGUCAAUGAAUUUGGACGUCAGUAUAUUCUCUGACUCAAUGGACACGUCGCCGGACGCGUGGUCGGUCGGUGCGGUGGGCAGCCCGGCGCGCGACGCGUGGCCCCCGCAGCCCCCGCCCGCAGACCCCUGGGCGCCGGCGCCCGUGCAGCAGAGCAAGUCGAUGCCGAUGGUGCCGGGCAUGGGCGCGAGUAUGGGUGCAGGCGUGGGCGUGGGCGCGGCCGUGUCCCCGGUGUCGGUGCUGUCGUCGCCCAGCUCCGCCGACCUGCAGCAGUUCGACGCGCUGUCGCAGCGGCCGCGCGCCGCCGCGCCCCCGCUAGACAACGACCCCUUCGACCUGUCGCUGCUCGGCGACAACCUGACCGGAGCGCAGACGUCUAGCGUGAAGAAAUCGCCGUCGGCCUUCCUCGGCGAGAAUUCCUCGCUGGUGAACCUGGAGCGACUUCUGCAGCCCGUCGCCGAGCCUCCCGCGCCCAACCCCUUCGCCGACGCCCAGCCCCCGCCCCCGGCGCGGCUGACGAUAAACGAG